AAAAUUACUAUAAAAUAAAUAGAAAUUAAUAAAAAUUGAAUUAGAAAUGGAUAAAGGAGAAUUAGGCGAGUCUAAGAGAAAAAUAGAAGAAAAGGAUCAAUAUAAUAGUGUUUCAACAGAAAAUUCAACUGAAGAAAAAAAAAUAGAUAUUAAUACAUUAGACGAUGAUGAUGAAUUUGAAGAUUUUCAAGCAGAAGAUUGGACUGAGGCUGAUACAGACCUUGGAAUAAGUAAAGAUAAAUUAUGGGAUGAUAACUGGGAUGACGAUGACCUUGAAGAUUCUUUUUCCUUAAGUUUAAGAGCUGAGCUUCAAAAGUUUCAGACACCUUCUGUUUAAGCUUAUUAAAAAAAAUUUUGUUUUUUACAUGUUUUAACAAACAAAU